AAAUGGAGAGGUGCUGUGCUGAAUGAAAAACACAUGUCUGAUUUGGACGACAUUGAUCCAGAACUUGAGGACUUCGAGUCUUCAGUACCGCUGAGGAAAGUACCAUACGGAGAUGUUUUCGAGGCUUCUAGGGCCGGCGACGUCGACCGCCUCCGUUACCUGCUCGAGUCCGGCGUCAACAUUAACGACAGAGACCAGUGGGACUCCGUCGCACUCUAUUACGCCUGCCUCACCGGUCACCUCGACGCAGCCAGGAUGCUCCUGGAAAGCGGCGCCAUUUGCUCGGAGCACACAUUUGACGGCGACCGGUGUCACUACGCCGCCCUCAAUUUGAAUGUCCGGAAGCUCCUCAAGGCCUUUGAGGCUCGACCUCCCCCUCUCGCCCCCCUGCAGGCCGCCCUCAGGGAAACCUUUUUGGGAUGCUCCGCCAAUGCUCGCGGAUAUGCAGCUGAGCAAAUAUCUGAGGCUUCGGACUCCUCAAUUGCAGGUAAUGGAGGAGGUUUCAGCUCCACCCACUUUCCACCAGAUGUUGUGUUUUAUUUGCAAGGGAAGCCCAUUGAAGCUCAUAGAGUCAUUUUGAGUGCAAGGUCACCCUUUUUCAAGAAAAAGUUUCAAACGGAAUGGAAGGAUCGCAAAGAAAUCCGGUUCUCAAGGGAAAAGCUCUCAUAUCCUGCUCUCUACAGCCUCAUCCACUUCUUUUAUUCUGACAGACUUGAGAUAGCAGUAGAUGAUAUGGAAGAUCUUGUCAGGAUUUGCAAAGUCUGCAAAUGCGAGUCAUUGCAAAUUCUCCUAGAGAAAGAGCAGAUUCAUCAAAGAUAUGCUGACUAUAAAGCCGUCAGAGAUAUAGAUAACUCUCAAAAGCGGUUUAUUUUGCAGGGACUAUCACUUCCAGAAGAAAACCGUCUCUCAACUGCAUUGCAUCGCGUACUCCAAACAUCUCUUUCCAAUUCUAAGCGGAUGAUUGAUGAUUCUGAAGAUGAUGAUCUUGCAGAUGUUUGUGUGAAAGUUGAAGGGAAGGUUUUUCGGUGCCAUCAAGUGAUCUUAGCUUCAAGGUCUGAGUAUUUUAAGGCAAGGUUAUCUCGCAUGAAGGACUUCCUUGAAGGAAGUAAUGGCUUACCUGAUAGUACAAUAUUGUGUCUCGAGGAACAUGACUUAAGUGGUGGAGCUUUUGAGAAAAUGAUAGAGUAUAUGUAUACAGAUGGCUUGAAGGACAUAGAUCCAGAUCAGGCUGAAGAAUUGUUUGAUGCUGCUUCAAGAUACUUGUUAUUUCCUCUUAAGCGUGCAGUAGCAGAUGCUUUGCUGCCACAUCUGGAAAUGGUGCCUCCUGUUGACCUAUGUCGUUGGCUGGUUUUGUCAGACAUGUAUGGAGUGCUGAAGAUACGGGAGUAUUGUCUUGAUGUAAUGGCUUGUAACUUUGAGAUAUUCGCGGAGAUGCCGGAGUUUAGGGCUAUGCUGUUGACCUUGCCACCACCUUCUGGGAAUUCCACACUCCGCACGUCCGCACCGAGUGCACCGGGAGCUGAGAUAAGCACAGCGGCUGAAGGUGCGAAUGUCCUGGAUGAUUUGAGAGAGAAGUGGCUUGAAGCUGAAGCUGCUGAGCUGGACAAAAGAGAUGAGAGUGCUUUGAUUUUUGAUAAGCGUCUUGAGAUGCUUAUGCAUUUGGCGUCUGAACACGAGAGGAUGGGAUAAAUGGUGCUGAAUGAUAAUGGGAUUGAAGCUGAUUCUCUAUUGUAGGCUUGAAAUAAUGUUUUACAGUGAGUUCAUAAUUACUACUCUAUUUAUUCAUUCAUUCUUAAUGGGUAUGCCUACCCUUGUUAAUCUCUCUGAAAAGUAUACUGAAAUGUAGAACAAAUAUAAAGGAUUGAUCUUAUCCACAUCGAUAAAGUAGGGCUGGCAUUGUGCAAAGUGGUUGGAUAAGUAUGGCAGCA